CCAACAGCAGCGCCGCGAACGCGCAAGCGCUCGGGAGCGCGUGGGAAUGGUCGGCGGGUGAACGGGGGGCUGGACCGGCUGGACCGCUCCGAGACAACCGGAGCAAAAGACUUUUAAAUGUCCGCCAUGUUGUCCAUGGCGUACUGAACCAGCGGUGAGGGAGCGCAGCGCCGGGAAACACGAGUCCGACAGCGAGCGACCAACAGCCGGGCCUUCCCCCGGCUUCCCGUUCGGCGACGCCCUAAACACGGCUACAGCCCGUCGAUCCUCUUUAGACCUGAGAAUAAUAAGCGCCACAGAGUCCUCCAUGACAGCUCUGCCCGGCGCCGCGGUCAACGCUCGGAGCUCCGGUACAUUCGCACCGCGACUCGCGCUGUGAGAAUAUGAGCAAACUGUCGUUCCGCGCCCGGGCGCUGGACGCGUCCAAGCCGCUCCCCGUCUUCCGCUGCGAGGACCUGCCCGACCUGCACGAAUACGCGUCCAUUAACCGGGCAGUGCCGCAGAUGCCAACGGGGAUGGAAAAAGAAGAGGAAUCGGAGCACCACCUCCAGCGCGCCAUCUCGGCCCAGCAGGUGUACGGAGAGAAGAGGGACAACAUGGUGAUCCCGGUGCCCGAGGCGGAGAGCAACAUCCCCUACUACGAGGCCUUCUACCCCGGGGACUUCAACAUGCCAAAGCAGCUCAUUCACAUACAGCCUUUCAGCCUGGACACAGAGCAGCCCGACUACGACCUGGACUCGGAAGACGAGGCCUUCGUGGUCAAGCUUAAGAAGAAGAUGGAGAUCAGCUUCCACCAGUUUGAGGAGAUGCUGGACCGCCUGGAGAAGGGGAGUGGACAGCAGCUGGUGAGUCUCCCCGAGGCGAAGCUGCUCCUGAAGGAGGACGACGAGCUGAUCCAGGAGGUGUUCGACUACUGGAGCCGCAAGAGGAAGGUGGGCAAGCCGGGCUGCCUGCUGGCCGUGGUGAAGCAGGAGAAGAGGGACGGAUCCAGCACCAGCGACCCCUACGUGGCAUUCAGGCGGAGGACCGAGAAGAUGCAGACCCGCAAGAACCGUAAGAAUGACGAGGGGUCGUACGAGAAGAUGCUGAGGCUGAGGAGGGACCUGAGCCGAGCCGUCACCAUCCUGGAGAUGAUCAAGAGGAGGGAGAAGAGCAAGAGGGAGCUGCUGCACCUCACCCUGGAGAUCUUCGAGAAGAGGAACGUGAUGUCUGACUACAGCGGGGAGGUGAUGGCGGAGGUCCUGGCCCAGCAGGCCCUGGUCAAGCCCCAGAUCAUCCCCCUGGUCCCCAUCGUCAACCAGUACCGCCACCAGGACCACCUGGACCUCAAGCCUGAGAAGGCGGAGGUCCCGCGGCAGAAGAGGAAGUACGAGAAGAAGCAGAAGGUGGUUGCCGCGGCGCCCGGCCUCCCCCACCACCCCGGCCCCGCCCUUUUCAACGCCAAGGACCUCAACCAGUACGAUUUCCCCAGCUCGGACGAGGAGCCCUACGCCCAGCUGCACUCUGGGUCCUCGGAGGCGGAGGAGGAGAACGACCCCGACGGCGUCUUCGCCUUCCGCAGGAAAGCAGGCUGCCUCUACAACACGUCCCUCCAGGAGCGUGUUGGGUGCUGGCCUUGGACGGAUCCGUCGGAGGGUGGGGUGGAGGACGGACGCUACCGCUACAGCCUCGCCACCCUCACCAUCCCCCGACGCUGCCUGGGCCUGGCCCGACGGAGGAUGGGCCGGGGCGGCAGGGUUCUGCUGGACCGGGCGCACACGGACUACGACAACGUGUUCCACCGGCUGGACCCGGAGACCCUCCUCCUCCCCCCCUCCCGGGCGCCUCCUCGUCUCCUCCCUCCUCCUCCUCCUUCGCACUCGGCCCUCACAGAGAAACUCUCCAGUACCUCAGACACGAAUACCUCGGAGCGCAGGAGCGCCUCCACCGCGCCCCCCGCCGGCUCCUCCUCCUCCUCCUCCUCCUCCUCCUCCUCGUUGUCGCGCUGCUCCUCAGACCUCAGUCACCUCCUGUUGAACAUUAAGGCGUGCCGCUGGCGCCACUUCCGGCCUCGAACACUACCGCCGCACGCGCUGGCCGACGCCCACCCCCUCUUCAGACGCCUCAGCCGGGGUCUGAGGCGGCCCGGCCCGGACGGCGGCUCCCUGGGGGGCCCCGCGGCCCCUAGCAGGCCGGCCCCCCCUCCCGUCGUGGCGCUAACAGCAGAACAGUACCAGCACCACCAGGACCAGCUGGCCCUCAUGCAGAAGCAACAGCUGGAGCAGCAGACGCACAGCAGCACCGCUGCCCACAGCGCCCCUGGCCUUGUCUCCAAGACGUUGGACGUAGCUAGCGCCCAGCUGGCUGCAUCGGCGCUGCUGACCAGCGAGCAGGUGCUCGCCUUCAAGGCCAAGGAGGACACGCCUCCGGGGGGCGGAGUCAAUGGCGUCCUGCCUCCCUCAGGUGUUUUCAAAGGUCUGGUCCUCCAGAGCACAGCGUCCCCCGCCCCUCCCUCCAACACCGCCACAAGCUCCGCCUUCCUCCAUCCUGGCAACGCCCUAAACUCCGCCCCCAGCUCCAAUAACAACGGCACCAGCCACGGUGUCAUGCCCAACGCUACCACGGCAACCACUCAGGUGCUGCUAGGCAACAACAACAGUCUCCGCCUGGCGUUGCCCAACGCCAAGCGGCCCCACGGCCACGCCCCCCGGACACUGAGCAGCGCCGUGACCACGUCGGCCCUAAAGCUAGCCGCCGCCGCCAACUGUCAGAAGAACAAGGUCCCCGCCAACUCGCCCUCGCCCAUGGACCUUGUGCCCAGGGAGAACCACGAUCAAGACCAGCCUGCGCUGAGCAGCCUAUCAGAGAACACGUUGGCCAUGGAGGUCACGUAGCCCCGCCCCCCAGGCCACGCCCACCUUAGCUCCACUCUCUUCCUGGUUGGCCCUGGAGAUGCACUGCGCCUUUUAAGAGCCAAGAGUCCAGGCUGCUGGGUGGGGACGGGGUGGGGGGGGGGGGUUCGCACGGACACACACACAAACACGCCGUCUCCACGGCAACCGUUUCGGGACUUAAUUGCAAUGCUCGUCUGGUAUGUUUUUUGUUUCCCCCUCCCUAAUUGGUUACUGUUGAUAAGAGAUGGAUGUGUGUAAAUUAUUACCUUGGAGACGAUAUGUACAGAAAUGCAUAUUUGUAAAGCCCCCACCCCCCACCCCCUAUUGUAUAUAACAUUACUUGAAUACAGAACUGUUCAUCUGUGAGGUUUGCACUCGGAUGUCAGCGAAAGAACAAAUAUCAAAUUUAAAAUCGAAAAUUCGUUAAACUGCAACGUGUGUGCGUCAGCGUGUCUGCGACUGCGUGUGUAACAGCGUUUAUGUGUGUGCGUCAGUGUGUACGUGUGUGAGUGCGCAUGUGUGUGUGCGUGAAAGCGUGUGUGUGUGCCUGCCACAACGGUCUGUUGUAUUUAUUGUGCGUGUUUACGAGCCGUUCUUCCUUUAGUCCCUCUUGUGUUCUCCGUGCCGUCUGUGUUUAGCACUAGGUGUAUCCGUCUCCCUGCGUUAGUCUGUAUGUCGUGAGGGGAAGGCCUGGUCCUCGUCUCCUGUCGGUCCGUUUUGUUCGUGUUGAGUCAGUGAUGACGUUGCGUUUAUCAAGGUUCUGAGUGACGGAAGGGCCCCUCCCCCCCGCACGCACCGUAAUGGAACAGUCCAUCUGUGGCGUGAAGUUUGGCAGUUGGUUUAAUCGGUUUCCCACACAAGCUCUUCCAUCGUAAAUUAUUCCAGAGACGAGAAACAAAGCGUCGGGAAAUUGAGUCUGGUUCCCUGAAGACUUGGCUGCUUCUGACGUAUCUAAGCACUAUGAUUCAUCUAUUUAGAUUUAUUUUUUAUUGAUGCUGCUUGUUUGUAUGAUUUUGGGUUUUGUUUUUUUCUGGUCUGUGCCAGUCGGCACUUUUCUACCCUCAAGGAUAACCCCACCGUCACAUCCACCUCAUUUUGUGAAAAAGAUAUUUUUGUAAGAAAUGUUUUGCUAUGAUUGUAUGUCUCCUCCUCGAAGAAAAAGUCACUCUUCUGUCACUUGUCAAUCUAAAAAAAAAAUGUAAGGGAGAAAAAUCGCAGUACUUGUCUCGACAUUAAUCAUCAUUCCAGUUUUGACGUAAUACAAAAUGAAAUAAAUAAACAAAUGUAUUAAGUGAAACGACAAAAAAAAGUUUAACAAACUGAUUAUUUUUCCUUGCUUUUGGAUGUCUGAAGGCCGGGCA